AUGUUUACAAUAGGGAGCUGGACGUGUAUUUUUCUUAUUAUUUGCAGUAUGCAGAGCGUGUGUCAUUGCUGUGACUGGAGCCGACACCACUACGGUCACUUGAGCGCAGAAUGCCUUUCCCUGCUGGACCAGAUGGGAGGAGACAUCACAGAGCAGGAGGCCCCUGUUUUUUUCCCCGAAUCACUAUACCGACGCAUAGAUGACGCCAAGUUUGAGGACCAAGUCAGAUUCCGGAACGAGACCAUCUAUCAAAUCACAAAACUGUUUGAUGGGAAUAUGAAGGCUGUCACCUGGGACAAGAAAAAGCUGGACAAUUUCCUCAACAUUCUCGAACGCCAGUUUGAGAACCUUAAAUCCUGUGUAUCACCUGCCAAGAAACCUGAGAGGAGACUGAAACGCUACUUCAAGAAGUUGAAUAGGAAGGUUCUGAGAAAAAUGAACUACAGUGCGCAGGCGUGGGAGCUCAUCAGGAAAGAGACGAAACAUCAUUUGCAAAGAUUGGAUAUUUUUAAGGCAAAGAUGCACUGA